GCUUUAUGUAGUAAACUAGUCAGCGAUUAGUCACUCUCCCAAGACUCAAUUUAACCCGAAUGUAACUAUUCGAACAAGUUCUUAGGAAGAGACAAGAACAACAUGGCACUCGAAGAUAAUAUGUAGGCCUACUUUCCACCUACUUUUCAGUUUUCUUGAAUUACCUUUAUUUGGAUUUGAAAUGCACUCUAUAGUCUAAACAUGUAUACGGACUUUUUGGUCCGCUGGAUUUUGCGUUUGUUGGCUGCCUGAGCGUUGUUCUAGCAACUUCGGAUACAAUGUGACUUUUCCAAGUGUCUCUGGUUUAGUUACUGGUUAAUGUUCAUGAUGAGUUGCGGGAAUGGACCAGCACGUGCUGUGCUCAUGCUGUUUCUGCUGCUGCUACUACACGCCGCGGAGGAGAUAACACGCGCUGAACUAACUGUCACGGAGGUAAAGGAAUGAAUCAUACCAUCUUUGAGGUUAAUCUUCAUGGAAAUAAUGUAACUAAUAAGCAAAAGAGACAUUACACACAGACUGUAGCCUAUAGAUAAUGGAAAUGGUGUAUUAGAAAUUCAUUAGGCUAUGUGAACCUGCAUCAAUAUUCACUUCACAUGUCAAUAACAAACUCAAUAUAAUGUUUGUUCUCUCUCUUUUCCUUUCUCUAUUUCUCCUUUACUUUAUCCAUAGAUUCAACACCAGAAUGGUAAGUGUUACUUUAGUUCAUGGUCCCAUUGGAGAGUUGAUCUUAUAGACAAUAUGAAGGGGAACAGUUUAUUUGGCAUUUCCAGACUUUACAUGUAUAUUUAUUUUACUCCAUACAUUGCACAGUUUUGAAUGUUCUUAUGUUCUCUGGCAUUUGUUUUUUUUCUAUAGGUUCCACCUGGAACCCUGAGAGUCUUCCCCAGCUGAGUCUGUCCACCUUCCGGUUCUCUCCAACACAAGGCUCCUGUUCUGCUUGUGUCCGUGUCCGUUUCAGAAUGAAAGCUGCAGGUAAGGCCUUCAACUCUGUUUCCCAUCCACAACCAGUCUCUGUCUCUCCACAUCAUCCUCACCACCCUCUUCCCCUUCAGAACCUUCCUCCAUCUUCCUUUUAUCCAAAGUCUUCAUCUCAGUCUCCCUUUCUCUGACCUUGUGUUUAUUGUCCCCAUGAUGAAAUCGGGGAGGGGACUGUGGAUCUGUCAGCACAUUAGUCACACGCGAUAUCUCAGACACCACUGGCCCGAUGUUUGAGGAGGUGAAUGAUGCAUCUUGUUAUAGAGAUCCGGUAUUUACAAAAGUACACUGAUUGGCCAGAUGGUGGCGGAAAAGCAAGAGAUUGAAAAUGCUAACUUUUGUUAAGGGGGGCGCUGCAUCAUCCGUGGGGGGACGACAUGUUUACUUUUGCAUUGUUUCAGUCUAUACAGUGAGGGGAAAAAAGUAUUUGAUCCCCUGCUGAUUUUGUACGUUUGCCCACUGACAAAGACAUGAUCAGUCUAUAAUUUCAAUGGUAGUUUUAUUUGAACAGUGAGAGACAGAAUAACAAUGAAAAAAUCCAGAAAAACGCAUGUAAAAAAUGUUAUAAAUUGAUUUGCAUUUUAACGAGGGAAAUAAGUAUUUGACCCCUCUGCAAAACAUGACUUAGUACUUGGUGGCAAAACCCUUGCUGGCAAUCACAGAGGUCAGACGUUUCUUGUAGUUGGCCACCAGGUUUGCGCACAUCUCAGGAGGGAUUUUGUUCCACUCCUCUUUGCAGAUCUUCUCCAAGUCAUUAAGGUUUUGAGGCUGAUGUUUGGUAACUCGAACCUUCAGCUCCCUCCACAGAUUUUCUAUGGGAUUAAGGUCUGGAGACUGGCUAGGCCACUCCAGGACCUUAAUGUGCUUCUUCUUGAGCCACUCCUUUGUUGCCUUGGCCGUGUGUUUUGGGUCAUUGUCAUGCUGGAAUACCCAUCCACGACCCAUUUUGCUGAGGGAAGGAGGUUCUCACCCAAGAUUUGACGGUACAUGGCCCCGUCCAUCGUCCCUUUGAUGCAGUGAAGUUGUCCUGUCCCCUUAGCAGAAAAACACCCCCAAAGCAUAAUGUUUCCACCUCCAUGUUUGACGGUGGGGAUGGUGUUCUUGGGGUCAUAGGCAGCAUUCCUCCUCCUCCAAACACGGCGAGUUGAGUUGAUGCCAAAGAGCUCGAUUUUGGUCUCAUCUGACCACAACACUUUCACCCAGUUCUCCUCUGAAUCAUUCAGAUGUUCAUUGGCAAACUUCAGACGGCCCUGUAUAUGUGCUUUCUUGAGCAGGGGGACCUUGCGGGCGCUGCAGGAUUUCAGUCCUUCACGGCGUAGUGUGUUACCAAUUGUUUUCUUGGUGACUAUGGUCCCAGCUGCCUUGAGAUCAUUGACAAGAUCCUCCCGUGUAGUUCUGGGCUGAUUCUUCACCAUUCUCAUGAUCAUUGCAACUCCAUGAGGUGAGAUCUUGCAUGGAGCCCCAGGCCAAGGGAGAUUGACAGUUAUUUUGUGUUUCUUCCAUUUGCGAAUAAUCGCACCAACUGUUGUCACCUUCUCACCAAGCUGCUUGGCGAUGGUCUUGUAGCCCAUUCCAGCCUUGUGUAGGUCUACAAUCUUGUCCCUGACAUCCUUGGAGAGCUCUUUGGUCUUGGCCAUGGUGGAGAGUUUGGAAUCUGAUUGAUUGAUUGCUUCUGUGGACAGGUCUCUUUAAUACAGGUAACAAGCUGUGAUUAGGAGCACACCCUUUAAGAAUGUGCUCCUAAUCUCAGCUCAUUACCUGUAUAAAAGACACCUGGGAGCCAGAAAUCUUUCUGAUUGAGAGGGGGUCAAAUACUUAUUUCCCUCAUUAAAAUGCAAAUCAAUUUAUAACAUUUUUGACAUGCGUUUUUCUGGAUUUUGUUGUUGUUAUUCUGUCUCUCACUGUUCAAAUAAACCUACCAUUAAAAUUAUGGACUGAUCAUUUCUUUGUCAGUGGGCAAACGUACAAAAUCAGCAGGGGAUCAAAUACUUUUUUCCCUCAAUGUAUCUAUCUUCCUUAACCUGACUUCCUCUCCUACUCUCGUUCUACCUUUACUGCCAUAAUUCCUUCAUCUGUCCUCUGUUUUCCCUCUCUAGCCUUUACUGGGACACUGACCAUUACCUACCUGGAGCUGUCAACUAGUACUCGCAGAAUCAUCUCCAUUAAAAAGGUCAAAAAUCACACUUUACAGGUAACAUUUCUUGAAAUUGAACUUCUCUUCAUUCCACUGACCGUGAAUAUUCCUUAGCUACCAAAGUUAUCAGAUGGAUAAGAUAGAUGGAUAAAAUGAAGUUCUUACCCUCUAUCUGUUAAUGAAAUCGGGGAGGGGGACUGUGGAUCUAUCUCCAUCUGUUAGUACGUUCGUACGUUAGUCACACACGAUAUCUCAGACAGCACUGGCCCGACUUGGGUGGAUGAUGCGUCUUGCCAUAGAGGUCUGUCAUUUACAAAAUUACAGUGAUUGGCCCAAGGGGGGCGCUGCCUCAUUCGUGGGGGAUGACAUGUUUAUUGUUGCCUUGUUUUUAUUUUAAGUGGAGAAGCCAGAUUCCAUCCAUGAGAGGAAGGACCAAAAUCAAACGUUUGCAUCUCCAUAAUAUUGGCCAUCAAAUUUUGGUAAGAUCUGAUAUUUUCAUGGGCGCGCACACACACACACACACACACACUAAAAAGGUGAACAUGUGUUUCUGAUUAUGGUGCUGUGUGUGUGUCUGCUGCCCUCCAGUGGGAGUUGGUGUAUGACUGUUUCCCGGCCGAUGCAGGGCGACAUGUGCAUGUGUCUUUGUCCUCCAAACCACACAGAGAAGACAGGUACAUCGUACAAGACAUCUGUCCAGGUAAUGAAUCUCACAAGCUAACCUUUCACAUCCAUCACUUAUCCCCUUCCCUCACAUGUGAUCAGAAUUACAUCAUAAUAAUUGAUGACAUUUCUAUAGCAAUUUGACAUACUAUGACCCUCUGUCUGUGGUGAUCCAGAUUCAGAUCCAGUGCCAGAGUUUGACCUGUCUGUUGAUGAGCUGGCUCGAUCCCUCACUGUAACUAUAGCAACUGGGGACCACAUACACCAGCCGGCUCGCUCACCUGACGUACACACCAGGCUGUGCUACAGACAGACCGACUCAGAAUGCUCCAACCUUUCUCGUCUUAUUACUGUAAGCUUGUGUGUGUGUGUGUGUGUGUGUGUGUGUGCAUGCGUGUGUGUAGAUGUGUAUAAAUGUGUUUCAAAAGGUGAAAGUUGUGUACAAAGAUGUUUAUAAUUUGUUUAUGGAUAACAUAUGUUGUUUUCUCAAGAUUGGCACCAAUCAGGCAUCGUCAGUGACUCUCAAGUUCCCCUACCUGCUUCGCUGUGUCUGUGUACAGGUAAGGUCUCACUCAACUACAUAUCCCAAUGAAUAGAGAUACUGUAACUAUCAGAUAAUGCGCAAUGGACAGUGACAUUGCGGCAUGGCUCAAACUAUGUCUCAUGUAAGUGUCCUUACAUGUCUUUGUGUCUGUCUGUUUGUACGUCUGCCUGCUACAGGUAUAUUACACACACCUGGACGCAAGGCGAACCACAGUUUGCCCGUUUGUGAACAGCUCAUUAGCUGGUGAGUAUUCACUGUUUUUUUUAUGUCUCUUAGACUUGUGUGAGAGGCAGUAGAUGAUGAUUAGCGUCAGUCUCUGUGUGUGCGUUGUUACCUGUACAUUUUCCUGGGAAUCUGAUCUGGGAAACCAGGGGCUUUCUGCUGGAUCAAUUGUUAUUAUGAGUCACAGAUAAAACAGCAGAGCAUGCAGUCCUCAGAGACCAAAGUCAUCUUGGAGCACUCACUCCUCCCACUACUAUCAGUAACAAUGCACUGUCUGUGUGUGAUCUGAAGAGGGCAGAGACGUGUGGCGCUCCAGUUCUGUGACUCUGUAUGGUGAGUUGGGUUCGAGCCUGGCCUGGAGCUCCCUGUGUCCUGCUGCUUACCUGAAGCCCUCUGCCUCCCUCUGCUGGCAACACCAGAGAAACACAUCCCACUGCACUCCCAUCCUCAACUCCACACUGGAGAACAUAGUGGAGAAGAAAGAUCUGGUAAGGGUUGGUGGUGAUGAUGAAGAGGAGGAUAAUAAUGAUGAUGAUGAUGAUUCCAUACCUUUCCCUCUCCCCUUGACAGAAAUAUAAUGUUUCUGCUGUGGAUAAACACCCUCAGAUGUGUGUGCAGGUAAGACUGUGAGCCAAUCAAUGUCUAAUAUCAACAGUUAACUGUAUGAUACAUGAUACAUGUGGGUUUCAGUCGCUGAUGUUCUCAUGUCUCUCCUCUCUGUAGUUCUCCUUUAGAAGCAGCUUUGAUGUCCACUGUCCAUUCCUGCCAGGUGAGAGACCACAAGACCACAGUGAUAGAGGUAACCGAAAGGUCGCUGGUUCUAAUCCCCGAGCCGACUAGGUGAAAAAUCUGCCGAUGUGCCCUUGAGCAAGGCACUUAACCCUAAUUGCUCCUGUAAGUCGCUCUGGAUAAGAGUGUCUGCUAAAUGACUAAAAUGUAAAUGUAAUACUGCACAUGAUAUUGUUAUCAUAAACACAUCUCCUGUGCCACUAGGAGCGGUAAAACACCAUACCACUUUUAGUCUACCCAAAUGCAUACAAGGCCCUCCCUUCGGCAAAUCAGACCAUGACUCUAUUUACCCUUCCUGUUUACAAACAAAAGCUCAAACAGGAAGGACCAGUGACGCGCUCAAUACGCAAGUGGUCCGAUGAAGCAGUUGCGAGGCUACAAUGCUAUUUUGCUAAUACAGACUGGAAUAUGUUGCGGGGAUCAUUCGAUAGCAUUGAGGAGUUUACCACAUCAGUCACGGGCUUCAUCAAUAAGUGCAUUGACGACGUCAUCCCCACAGUGCCUAUACAAGCGUGUAAACCAAAAACCAUGGAUUACAGGCAAUAUCCUUGCUGGGCUAAAGGCUAGAACUACUGCUUACAAAGAAUGGGACACGGAUAUGGGUGUAUACAAGAAAACCUGCUACAACCUCAGACGAGACAUCAAACAUGCAAAAGGACAAUCUAGGAGGAAGGUGGAAUCCAAUUACACCGGCUCUGAUGCUCGUUGAAUGUGGCAGGGCUUGCAGACUAUAACAGAUUACAACAGGAAACCCAGCCAUGAGAUGCCCAGUGAGGCGGAACUCCCAAACGAGCUAGGCAACAACAACUCCGCCACACUGAUCCUCAACACUGGGGCCCCUCAGGGGUGCGAGCUUAGUCCCCUCCUGUACACGACUCCAACAACAUCAUCAAGUUUGCUGAUGACACAACGGUGGUAGGCCUGAUCACCGACGGCGAUGAUCAGAGACCUGGCCGUGUGGUGCCAGGACAACAACCUCUCCAUCAACGUCAGUAAGACCAAGGAGCUGAUUGUGGACUACAGGAGAAAAGAGGGGGGAGCACGCCCCCAUCCACAUCAACAGGGAUAUAGUGGAGUGGGUCGAGAGCUUCAAGUUCCUUGGCGUCCAAAUCACUAAGGAAUUAACAUGAUCCACACACCCGCACAGUCGUGAAGAGGGCACGACAGCUGCACGACAGCUGCACCAUCGAGAGCAUCUUGACUGGCUGCAUCACCGCUUGGUAUGGCAAAUGCACCGCCCUCGACCACAAAGCGCUACAGCGCGGGGUGCGGACGGCCCAGUACAUCACUGGGGCCAAGCUCCCCGCAAUCCAGGACCUCUAUAUCAGGCGGUGUCAGAGGAAGGACCAAAAUAUUGCCAAAGGCUUCCAGCCACCCAAGCCAUAGACUGUUCUCUCUACUACGGUAUUGCAGAUAAUGUCAUUGUAUUUCCUGCUGUCGAGUAGUCCAUCACGGACAUACAGUGUAUUUUAUCUUCUGAGCCAUGAGUGAUUCAACAGGAGGCUUCUUCACUACACCGGAGCAAUGGCUCUCGGAUGAACAGGCUCCGAGGGACAGCUUCUAUCCCCAAUCCAUAAGACUGCUAAAUAGCCAUAAGACUGCUAAAUGGUUAAUUAAAUGGUUACACAGACUAUCGACAUUGACCCUAUCUUGCACUGACUCUGCACACUCACAAGACUAUAUAUACACAAUCUCACACAAAACCCACACACAUACACACACAACAUACACACAUACAAACACUUUCACACUCAUAUGCUGCUGCUACUCAGUUUUUUAUUCUUCUCAUAUUAUUAUCUAUCCUGAUGCCUAGUCACGUAACCCUGCCUUAAUGUACGUACACUACAUGACCAAAAGUAUGUGGACACCUGCUCGUCGAGCAUCUCAUUCCAAAAUCAUGGGCAUUAAUAUGGAGUUGGUCCCCCCUUUGUUGCUAUAACAGCCUCCACUCUUCUGGGAAGGCUUUCCACUAAAUGUUGGAACAUUGCUGCGGGGACUUUCUUCCAUUCAGCCACAAGCAUUCGUGAGGUUGGGCACUGAUGUUGGGCGAUUAGGCCUGGCUUGCAGUCGGCGUUCCAAUUAAUCCCAAAGGUGUUCGAUGGGGUUGAGGUCAGGGCUCUGUGCAGGCCAGUCAAGUUCUUCCACACCGAUCUUGACAAACCAUUUCUGUAUGGACCUCGCUUUGUGUACGGGGGCAUUGUCAUGCUGAAACAGGAAAGGGCCUUCCCCAAACUGUUGCCACAAAGUUGGAAGCACAGAAUAGUCUAGAAUGUCAUUGUAUGCUGUAGCGUUAAGAUUUCCCUUCACUGGAACUAAGGGGCCUGAACCAUGAAAAACAGCCCCAGACCAUUAUUCGUCCUCCACCAAACUUUACAGUUGGCAUUAUGCAUUGGGGCAGGUAGCAUUGUCCUGGCAUCCGUCAAACCCAGAUUCGUUCGUCGGACUGCUAGAUGAUUGAUCACUCCAAAGAACGCGUUUCCACUGCUCCAGAGUCCAAUGGCGGCGAGCUUUACACCGCUCCAGCCGACGCUUGGCAUUGCGCAUGGUGAUAUUAAGCUUGUGUGCUGCUGCUCGGCCAUGGAAACCCAUUUCAUGAAGCUCCCGACGAACAGUUCUUGUGCUGACGUUGCUUCCAGAGGCAGUUUGGAACUCGGUAGUGAGUGUUACAACCGAGGACAGGCGAUCUUUACGCGCUUCAGCACUCAGCAGUACUGUUCUGUGAGCUUGUGUGGCCUACCACUUUGUGGCUGAGCCGUUGUUGCUCCUAAACGUUUCCACUUCACAAUAACAGCACUUACAGUUGACCGGGGCAGCUCUAGCAGGGCAGAAAGGUGCCAUGUUGAAAGUCACUGAGCUCUUCAGUAAGGCCAUUCUACUGCCAAUGUUUGACUAUGGAGAUUGCAUGGCUGUGUGCUCGAUUUUAUACAUCGGUCAGCAACGGAUGUGGCUGAAAUAGCCAAAUCCACUAAUUUGAAGGGGUAUCCACAUACUUUUGCGUAUGUAGUGUAUCUAUCUCAAAUACCUGGUACUGUAAAUAGCUUCAUUCUUGUGUAUUUUAUUCCUCUUGUGUUACUAUUUGUAUUUUAUAUUAUAAUUUUUUUUAAACUCUGCAUCGUUGGGAAGGUCUCGUAAUCAAGUAUUUCACGGUAAAGUCUGCAUCAUUAUAUUUGCCGCAUGUGACAAAAUGUGAUUUGAACAUCUCUCUCUCUAUCCCUCCCUCCUUCCCUCAGGUAUGUCUAAGUGGGAGGCAUAUGUUGGUCCUGGUUCACAGAGUCUCCGUGUCUAUCUCACCUCCAAUAUCCCAGCAUCCUUUGCUGCUCAACUCUGUGUAUGGAAGGAGAAGGGAUGUGUGUCCAGAGGAGCGAUCUACUUAGUAAACAUGGUAAGAUAAGAAGACAUUAUUACCAUAUUAUAGAGCUAUAGACACUGUUGGUCCAUGCUGUUAAGAGUGCAGUUUUCUGUUGUACAGGGUGAGGGCACCAGAGAGACACAGCUGAACCUGCCCUUAUCAUUCCUGACUGAUGGACUAUGUGUGCAGGUAUGACCUAACUAUGAAUGAAAGGAUAUCUUAUCUUACCUUACUUUCACUUUUUUUUCGUUUCACGCUCUCUUUAUCUCUCUGAAGGUGUGGCGGUCAGAUCCUCCACAGUAUGGGAGGAGACUACUGUGUCCUGACUGUGAGUUCACUCUCAGACACAUACACACACACACACACACACACACACACACCUUCCAGCACUUAUACGUAGGCUCCUCAUAUGCCUCCUCAGAUUCCCACAGGAGAUGGGGUCUCUAUGCUGUUGCAGCCUUGACACUUCUGGUUACUGUGGCAAUGCUGGGACGCCUCAUCCACUAUGUGACCAAGAAUGGAGUCACAGGUCAGUUGUUCUUGUACUGUACGGUAGACCUUUGUAGCCCCUUCCUGUGUCCUCAGUCAGCCUAUAUUUCAUUAACAUUGUUUGUCAUAUUACGUACUGUCUUUGACCUACCUGUCUGCUCCGUCUGUGUGUCUUUCUGUCUCACCUUAUCCUUCAAACCUAACACCCUUAAUUUAAUCCACAUUUGAUUUGAUUUGAUCCCAAAGGCUUAAUGGCCAUCAUCAGUUAAAUAAUUGAGAAAUCAAGCAAUAAAUGACAAUUUCCUCUCUCUCUCUCUCUCUCUCUCUCUCUCUCUCUCUCUCUCUCUCUCUCUCUCUCUCUCUCUUUUUCUUCUUCUUCGUUGUGUGUGUCUUUGCCUCGCCCCCUCUCUCCCUGCAGGCUGGCUGUUCAUCCAGAGGCCUGUGUUGUUGGUGUGUUCCUCAGAGCAGUCAGCCCAUGUGUCUCCCGUGUGCGCUUUGGCCUCCAUUCUACAGGGGGAGUUGUGUGCUGAAGUGCGCAUGGCUCUGUGGGCCCAGAUCUCCAAUGGGGUUGGUCCUGGGGCUGUGGAGAGGUCUGGGGCUGGUGUGGCUGAGCUGGGCCCUGUGCCCUGGCUGUAUGGACAGUGGGAGGCAGUCAGAGAGGCAGGAGGCCGGGUGCUGAUCAUAUGGAGCCCAGAGGCCAAGGAGUCCUACAGGAGCUGGAGAGAAGAGAGAGAUGGGAAAAAGACAGGAGGGAGUAAAGGAGAGGAGAUGCGACAAGGGAAGAUGGGAGGAGAAGAUAUGGAAGGACUUGAGAAAACAAGAGAGAAACUGGAGCAAGCAGGGAUGAAGAAAGGAGUGGGAUGGAAAGAGGAAGGUAGGAGCGGAGAGGUGGAGUUGGAGCCCUCCUCAGUGACGGGGCCGGUGUUCAGGGCUGCCCUGUCCUGUCUGCAGGGGGCACUACAGGGGACGGGCAAGAGCCAAGGCUUCGCGCUUGUCUACUUCCAGGACCUCUGUCACAGCCGAGACAUCCCCAAAGACCUCAGAGGUGUCCCGCGCUAUUGCCUGCCUCGGGAUUUUGGGGGCCUGAUACGAGAGCUGGGCGGGACGGCUAGAGGACGGAACAAUGUGAUUGGCAGCUGGCACUGCUGGCCCAGACUCCUCUCCAAAACAUUGUCACUAUGGUUGGCGCGACGACUAACUCACAAGAUGAGUUGCCACGGACGCGCCCACAGGGAGAGGAGGGUCCAAAACUGA